AUGGGGAAGCCCAAGGCGAGGGCCAGCACCACCGGAGCCUCCAAGGGAAAAACAACAGUCACUCGGCGAGGAUCCAGCACAGCCUCCCGUCCAUCCAACAUAGGACGGAAGCGGCAGCUGACACAAGGCCGAGGGGGCCCUCCUGGGCAGACUCAGCUAGCCUCACCAUUGCCCGGGGUCCGGGCCCGAGCGCUGCACCAGGGGCGCCCGGCACGAGGCCGAUCAAGGGAAGAUAGUGCAGCAUCUCCGUCGCUGCAGCCACCGCCGCAGAGCGCUCAGCGGGCAACAUCCCGUCAACCUCCAAGCCUUGUCAUGCCAAACACACGUGGAGCUGGUCCAGUACGUACGACAGCAGCGUCAAACACGUCCCCACGUGCACAACACGCUGCUCGACGAGGGGAGGCAGCGCACCUGCAGGAGCGGCAGCAAGAGGAGCAGACGGGACAGGAGGGUUUGGCGGCGUUGGAGGAGGCGGCGGCUGACGCAGUUGAGGCCGGGGCAGAGGGGGAUGUCGCUGCUGCGGGGUCAGGUUUGACGCAGCGGGGGGAGCAGGGUGCUGCGGUAGAGGCGGAUCCGACGGGGACGGGGCGGGAGGCGCACUCGCCUGCUGCUGUGCGUGCAGCCGCCUCUGACGACGACUCAACCUCGCCCGCUGCGGGGCCGACGGCACCACCAGCGGACAAGGUUGUGGCUGCGGAGGAGGCGCAUGUGGAGCAUGGGUCGGCUGACUCACCAGCGCCAUUGGUGGCGGUGUCCCCAUCACCUCUCGGGGAGGUGGAGAUUGCGGCGGUCGCAGCUGAGGCAGCGAGGCAACCAGAACAACCCCUGAACGAACCGUUUGCACCAACUGCCGCUGAGUCCGCUGGAAUGUCUACUGCUGCCGCGGCCGUAAACAUGCGGGAGUGCGGCCAGGCAGCGGAUGGAAUUGAGGGUCCCGUGAUCGGCGUCGCUUCUGGCAUCGCACAGGCAAGGAAGAAGGUGAAGCUACGCGCCCAGCCAACGCCGAGGCGGCCCGGAGCAGGGCUGGGGCCUGGGGUCCCGGGACCCCUCCUGGGCUGGCUUCCGCAAGGGCAGUCGCCACCAGAGCAAGCGCGUUUGUUGUCAUCCGCACCACAGCCUGCAAUGGGUACCGGCGGGAGGGGUAACACGGAGGCAGCUGACCGUGCACAUCGGGGAACCGAGCAGCCAAGCAGGAUGCAGCAACCACCGGAAGGAUCGCCCACGACCCAGCAAGCAACUCACCGGGAAACACGUAGCUCGACGAGAGGCCGGGGAAUUGUGUGGGGCAGGCCGUCGGGGGCAGGACGAGCGACAAUGGCAACUCCCUGGGUGCCGGCCAGUCAGGGUUUAAGGUCUGCGCAGGAGAGCGCGAGAGGCGGCAGCGCUGGCGUACUCCCCGCGAUCCCCCGUGGAGGCAGAGGGGGAAGAGGAGGGACACGCUGUAGGGGAGUUCCACUCCUGGGUGGCGAGGCUGCAAUCGUGAGAUCAGGCACGUGGCGUGAUCGCCACGACCGCCCGGAGCGUACACCUAUGCCUGUGUGUGUGAAUGGGGGCGAGGAGGGUUCUGAAAACUCCCAGAACGGGAGCGAGUUUAUCCCCUCGCACUCAGAGGCAUCGGAGGAUUUGGUCUCCCUGGGCGACGAUGAGAACCAACAUGUGUCGGCGCAGGGGCGAGUGAGGAGGACGGAGCAGGGUGGCAUGCCACAACCACCCAACAUGCCAGCAGGACAGGACCCAGCUGUGCCACCACCGCCAUCCGAGAAAUCGCCAAUUGACCUGGCAAAGGAUGAGUCUUUCUGGCACCUGGCCAGCACUUGGGACAUCGCACCACUCCAGCGUGCGGAUCAACCGUUCUUGGUGAGGCGGUUGCCCCCAAAGAUUCUGGAGAGCUACACCCUGUGCCUUCUGGCCCCGCUGUUGCGAUUAGGGUUGAAACCAGACUGUGUGGGGGCGUGGACGGUGCUGCAGUUUUUACCCCGCUUGACCCAUCGACCUCUACCAGAGCCAGUGGACGGGAACCGCAGGAUCAAGAUUGAGACUCGGCUGCACCACUUCAGAAUCGGGGAUCUUGCCGAUCUCUACAGGGCGGCAGUCAUAGCGUACGUUGACGACAUCACAGUGGUAGGGCCGCGGGAGGAGGUGUUCAAGGCCUUCGAUGCCAUCGUCGAAGAGCUGGUAAAGCGCGGGCUACGGUGCAACGUGGCAUAG